AAAACGGCACGUCGCUGAUGAACGUCGUGUUAUAGUGGCGGAGCCACAGUCUGACCGCCAUAUUCAGGGAAUUUUCCAGAAGCCGCUCUAGCUUCCAGUCAUGACCGACAAGGACUUGAAGAGACUGUGCUACCACCUCAACCAGCUGUCUGCGGAAGAACUACGCCGCCUAGAGAACGCCAACUUGAUUCCGUCUUUGCGACUAAGAUGGGAAACGGAGCACCAGGCCGUGAUUGGCGACAUACGCAGCGCUCUGGAAGCCAGCGAUUCGCGGAAACAGCGACUUCAACAUCUGGCCUCGCUAUACUGCUGGCUCAUACCGCAGAACAGGCUCCGCUCGUGGUUCCUCUAUCGUCUCGAGUCUAUCGCGGUGGUCACCCAAGACUUCACUAUUCAUAAGCGCAUGGCGGGACUGAUGAGCACCCGCAGCUCCGACACGGCCGCCGUGUACAUGUCCAGCGAGAGCGGACGGUACGCGAGCAUCGUGACUACAGACCCGGAGUCCGGAACGCAGGAACACAGCGUUCUGUGCCUGUACAUCUGGGAUAAGCUGCCUUACCUGGCCGUGUGCAUCUCUGGCCUGCUGAAUCUGACGCACUUUAAGUAUUUCCUCACAGCGACGCUCCUGCGCGACCACGAAGAGCUCCUGGUAGGAUUUUACGCUGACUUCGACAGCGCGUUUGUUGCGGCCUGCAACGACGUCCUGUUUGAGCGUCAGGUGUACCGACCGCAUCACGCCUGAGGCUGUGACGUGAGACUCCCCUUUUUGACGACCGCCGACCGGCGUGACUAUGAAGCCAAAGCGCUGACAGUCUUGGAAACCAGUCUCGCACUGAAAACAUGGUGGAUGCGAAAGACUUUUUCAUACACAAGGACCUCGACAGGAUAUUUCAUGACAUGUCCAGAUUGCGCUUCCACUUGAACACUGACAUCAAGCAGGUGUAGAAUAAACGUGUAAAUACCCUAGGCACAUACGUGUAUUCAAAGCUUUUACGUGACCGGCCUAGAGUUUCUUAGAUAAAUACGCGACGCUAGUGCGUCUGCCAUGAGUGCAAACUGUGCGUUAUGGGAGAAAAAUAGACGACAGCAUUCAGAAACGCUU